AAAUCCCAAACAUUGAUGUUGGACCAUUGGCCGCCGGGUAGUCUAUCGACAGGCAGAGAGAAAAACCCUGGUAAAACCCAGAAGAUGCACACAACGGUCACCACUAACACCAAGCAAUGAAGCGAGUUUGGAAGCUAUCAGACGCCGCCCAAUCAGAGCUUCUCUGCCGCUACAGAUGCUCUUCCAAAACCGAAGCCCUACCUCCUUACAAUCUCACCCUCACCAACUCCCCUAAUUACAGAUUCACCCGCGAUGUCACUGCCCAGAACCAUUCAUCUUCCUCUCCAUCUUCAUCUUCCCCCACCUCCUUCUCAAGCAUCAUCGGUUUGUUCAGCGACAAGCCCUCGCCCCAAGACCUGAGGGCCAGAGAGGAUCUGGUGCACAAGGUCACGCAGUUGAGGGACGAACUGGUUCAGAAUAUUGGGGACUGUGACGAGUUUGUUAGGGUUUUGGAAGAGAAGGGCUCUUCUUUCUUUUCGAGCUAUGGGAAUGGAUACGCUGUCGUUGAGCUUAUGAACCAGUUACGUUCGUGGCCCCAUUUAGCCGUGGAGGUUUUUGAUUGGAGAAGAAAGCAGGUGGCUGGUGGCACUCCUAUGACGCCAGAGGAGUAUGCCAAGGCUAUUACAUUGGCAGGUAAAACCAAGAAUGUUGAACUUGCUGUUGAGUUAUUUACAGAGGCUGUAAACAAGCGAAUCAAGACGACUUCUAUUUAUAAUGCACUGAUGAGUGCUUAUAUGUUCAAUGGUCUUGCUGCUAAAUGUCAGUCUUUGUUUCGGGACCUCAAGAGGGAACCAGAUUGCAGUCCUACUAUUGUAACAUACAAUAUUCUUAUUUCCGUCUUUGGUCGGUUGAUGCUGGUUGAUCAUAUGGAGGCAACUCUCCAGGGCUUAAAUGAUUUAAAUCUCUCGCCUAAUUUAAGCACAUACAACAAUUUGAUUGCCGGAUAUAUUACAGCUUGGAUGUGGGAUAGUAUGGAAGAAACUUUCCAAAAGAUGAAGGUGGGCCCUGUUAGUCCUGAUACUAGCACCCACUUGCUUAUGCUUCGAGGGUAUGCUCAUGCAGGUAAUUUGGUAAAGAUGGAGGAGACAUAUGAAUUGGUAAAACGUCACGUUAAUGACAAGGAAAUCCCAUUGAUAAGAGCUAUGAUAUGUGCUUAUUGCAAGAGUUCUGCCAAAGACAGAGUGAAAAAGAUUCACUCACUAAUGAAACUUAUUCCAGAAAAUGAAUACAGACCUUGGUUGAAUGUGUUGCUGAUUAGGGUUUAUGCUCAAGAGGAUUGGUUUGAGGCAAUGGAGAAGUCAAUAGAUGAGGCAUUUGAUCACAAAAUCUCUGUAACUACUACAGGUGUGAUGCGAUCUAUAAUUUCAAGUUACUUUCGAUGCAAUAAAGUGGACAGACUUGAAAAUUUUGUGAAACGUGCGGAAUGUGCAAGGUGGAGAACUUGCAGGUCCCUGUAUCAUUGUAAGAUGGUCAUGUAUGCAUCACAAAAGCGCUUAGAAGAAAUGGAGAGUGUGCUUAAUGAGAUGGAGAAUUUUAACCUGGGCUGUACCAAAAGAACAUUUUGGAUAUUGUACAAAGCCUACUCAAGGUGUGGUCAAAGAUAUAAGGUUGCGAAAAUAAUAGGAUUAAUGUGGAAGCAUGGAUAUGACGUUCCUUUGGAUGAAUUGCUGUCAUGAUUCUUCCUUCCACUUUGGUAGAGCAUAUUGGAUGACAGCAAUUGCAUAAAGCAUUCAGCCAGUCAUUGUGAAUGGUUCAUUACAUCCAUAAGACGCAACAGAGGUUCCACAUUAUUCACAGAAUCUGUACAUUAUUUCAUUGACCAAGUGUACCAAACCCCGCUGAAUGCCUAUGGAAAUCCAAGUAAGUUCCACCAAGACAUCAUAGAUUCAAAGAGGUGCCACCGUCUGUCUUCCUGCAGAAAGUCCCGGCAUUUGUGAUUGAAUCUGCUAAUUAUUAUAGAAAUUACAUUGACAAAGAAGAUCCAUUUGAAGGCUGUAGAUGAUGUAUCAAAUUACAUCUGAAACAAGAGCAAAUAAUACCUGGAAGCUGACUUCCAGAUGUUGCAUGUUAAAUAUUUUUGCUAGCAAUUUAAUAUUUUCCUUUUGUUUUCUAGGAGGAUGACCAUCCAACUGCACCUUAAAUGUAUGUUGAAGGCAUUUCUAGACUGACCUGUUUUGGUUGCUGGAUCUGUUUAUGAAUUUUGAAAAAAGUAAACACUUGUUAUUCUUCCCAAAGAUUUCUUCUGUUGUUUAAAUGUUUCAGCAGGCACC